GGAGGACUCGCGUCCAACCUUCCGGCGACCGUCCCCGAGCGUGGCCCGAACACCGCACGACCACCGAACCUAUAACUCUAAUCUCCCCCCUGCGCCUCCCCUCAUCCAUACGUAGUUCUAGUGUAUAUUUUAGUUAUUACAUAAACUUUAAACUUUCCUAUUCUUGGUGUUGUACAGUAAAUAAGAUGUAGUUGACUAAGUGUUAGUGGUAUAAGUGUGGUUCGCGAUAGAGACGCAUUAUGAACUAGUGACAAUGUCGUUGCCUAUGAAGCGAUCGUACAGCUCGGAGGGGCACGCGUCCAAGCGUGACUGGAAGAUGAGGCUCAGCCUGCGCAGCCGCAGUGGUCAUAGCAUGGACGCACUGCGCGGCCGCCGCUGCGCCUCUCUCCGGUCCGCCGGGACCUCGGUUAGAGCGGACGACUCCGGUCGCACCACGCCCGCCGCCGUCCCCCGCGCAUCCUCCUCGCCCGUCGAGCACCAGACACCGAAGAAGUCAAACUGGGAAGUGAUUGAACACUUCUCGUCAAACCGGAGCAAGAAAAGCCCGACUUCAGUGGAAGCAGAAAGAGGCGCGCAGAGCUCAUCGCCUGCCCUGCCACUCUGCCCCUCGGGCAAACCUGAUGUUGACAUACAACCUCUACUCGGAGAAGACACUGGAGGCGACCCUGGUGGCGGCCCCAGCGCAGAAGACGAUGAGGACGACGAAAAAAACUGCUGCGAGUCCUGCAUCAAACUCUGCCCAGGACCAGUACAGGAACUCUGCCUCUCCCACCGAUUUGACAACCUGAACGUGGAAAUGCUGUACCAGCGUUACUUCCUACGAAUGAAUCAAACGAACAUGACAACCCUCCUCGGCCUCUUGCUGGGCGUGGGCGUGGGCUUGGUUGCCGUACAGGUCCGCUCGCUGCUCCACGCCCAAAACUACCUGGCGCAGACGCUCCAUGUUCCUUUGAACCUGUCGAGCUUUGCCCUGGUUGACCCGGAUCCAUACAGCUAUCUAUACGCAUUAUCGACUGAACAACCCGACCAAUCCGUGACCAGCUCCACCGACUUCACCGAACCGAGUCCGCUACAAGUGAUGCGAGUAUACUUCGAAAAGGAACGGGUGGCGCAUCUGGUUAACGUCGUACUCUUUGGCCUGGCCGCUCUGAUUUACACCUGUCUUUUGGCGUGCCUUAGCCGACCGGCAAUGAAUGAGAUCUACCUGCUGACAAUUUCUUACAUCGUACUCGCUACAUUCCUGCUUACCGAGAGCUCUCUUUCUGGAACGGCCGUUCUAAGAUCAAUGAACGUGAGUGUCGGCAUGUGCGCCCUAUUUACCUACGUGACGUACGCGACCCUACCUCUCCGACUGCACGAGGCGACCAUCGGUGGGCUCACACUGGCAGCUGUCAAUAUUGGAGCGCAGAUUGUUAUGACCAAGACUACGGACGCACAGAUCUUCUGCAACCUGGCCACCCUGCUCGCUUGCAACAUCGCCGGCAUCAUGACGCACUAUCCCCGGGAACUGGCCCAGCGUCGCGCCUUCCUCGAGACCCGCGACUGCGUUGAGGCGCGCCUCGUGACACAGCGCGAGAACCAACAACAGGAGCGUCUCCUGCUCUCGGUGCUGCCACGCCACGUUGCCAUGGAGAUGAAGGCGGACAUCGCUAACCAGCCAAGACAGGAGCAAUUCCACAAGAUUUACAUCCAACGAUAUGAGAAUGUCAGCAUCCUGUUCGCUGACAUCUGCGGCUUCACCUCACUAUCUGACCAAUGCACGGCCGAGGAACUAGUUCGCCUUCUGAAUGAACUGUUUGCACGUUUCGACCGGCUAGCAGCGGAACACCACUGCCUGCGGAUCAAGCUGCUCGGCGACUGCUACUACUGCGUGUCCGGGCUGCCGGAGGCGCGCGACGACCACGCCAAGUGCUGCGUCGAAAUGGGGCUCGACAUGAUUGAUGCGAUCGCGCUUGUCCGUGAAGUGAUGGCGGUGAACGUGAACAUGCGUGUUGGCAUCCACACCGGGCGAGUGCACUGCGUCGUGCUCGGCUUGCGCAAGUUGCAGUUCGAUGUGUGGUCCAAUGACGUCACGCUCGCUAAUUACAUGGAGAGCGGAGGCGUGGCUGGACGUGUCCACAUCACCAAGGAGACGCUGGCGUGCCUCGGCGACGAUUACAAAGUGGAGCCAGGGAAUGGCGGCCAGAGGAACGCCUACCUGAAGGACCACAAUAUUGAGACAUACCUGAUCGUGCCUGAUGACACCAGCCGUGUUGAUAAGAAGCCGCAGCACAACUUCUCGCUGAACGGCAAUAUCUCAAAGGAGAUGCGGGUGAUGGGACACGGCUCGCAGCACGGAAAACACUCGUCGAAGAUCGGUGUCGAUGCCAGCAAUGAAAACAAGAAGCCAGAAGACGAGGUCAACGAAUACCUUAUGAAAGCUAUAGACGCCCGCUCCAUAGAUCGCCUGAGGACGGAACAUUGCAGGCCGUUCACACUCACCUUCCGAGAUAGCAAACUGGAGAAAAAGUACAUCGCGGAGAGAGACAGAAUGCUCAAGAUCUACUUCUUCUGCUCAAUCCUCGUGUACAUUGCUAUUGUUUUCAUCCAAACAAUGAUCUACGAUAUAACCGUCGGGUGUGCCAUCACUAUGUUCCUCUGCGCUUCCAUCGUCUUCAGUGUAACGUAUAUCGUGGUCUGCCUCGAUUUUAAGUACACGACGCCAAAACUACAAAGGUUCUCAACCAGUAUCCACAACAACCGGACUCUUGCGCAGCUCAUGUCGUUCCUAGUGGUUGGCGCAGUCGCUCUACAGAUCGAAGUCGUUAUGGGAAUUCACCUGCUAUCUCAGCCAUCAGAACCCGUCGCUGGCAAUGAAUGUCCACGAAGCAUUAAUGAGCACUACCUCCAACUGACCCUCCUGGUGAUGUUCCUCUGCGCGGUGCACCAAGUACUUAUCACGAUGCUGAAGACGAUCCUCCUGGUCAUCGUCAGCUUCACGUAUAUUGGCAUCACCAUACAGAAGUUAAUUUACUACAGGCAGCAUUACUAUAACAACCAGCACAAAUGCGCAGAGGAUUGGAACCAAGACUUAACCAACAUUGUAGUGGCUCUCGGCGCGCUUGUCGCUUUGCUGUUACACUCGCAACAAACUGAGAGCACAUAUCGGCUGGACUUCAUCUGGAAAUUGCAGGCUAAUGAUGAGAAGGAAGACAUGGAACAUCUAGAGGCGUACAAUAGGAAGUUGCUGUCGAACAUUCUGCCGGAACACGUUGCCCAACAUUUCUUAUGCAGCGAUAAAAACUUCGACGAGCUAUACCACGAGCAAUGCGAGUCCGUCUGCGUCAUGUUCGCUUCCAUCCCGAACUUCUCUGAAUUCUACGUGGAACUUGAGGGUAACAACGAAGGUGUCGAGUGCCUCCGCCUCCUGAACGAGAUUAUCGCUGACUUUGAUGAGAUUCUGGCUGAAGAGCAGUUCAAGUACAUUGAGAAGAUCAAGAGCACGGGUGCUACGUAUAUGGCUGCGUCAGGCCUAACAGCAGCCACCCGCGACCUCCGCGGGUUCCGCCACGUGACCGCGAUGGCGGACUACGCGCUGCGGCUCCGCGAACAACUGCAGUACGUCAACGAGCACUCGUUCAACACGUUCCAUAUUAGGAUCGGGAUCAAUAUUGGGCCCGUGGUCGCGGGCGUGAUCGGCGCUCGGAAGCCGCAGUAUGACAUUUGGGGAAAUGCCGUCAAUGUUGCCUCCAGGAUGGACUCCACUGGACUUCUCGAUCAUAUCCAGGUGACGCAAGAGGUGUACGACAUACUAUCGAAGCGCGGCUACAAGCUGCGCUGCAGGGGAACUAUCGACGUGAAGGGAAAGGGCAACAUGGUGACGUUCUUCCUUGACGGCAUCGGGGAGACGGCGAUCAUUAACAGCACGCAUGACUUGUAUUCGAACCCCACACCGUCGACGUCUGGUACGAGUGGCAUGGCCCAUGACAAACCAGAGCACCGACCUCUGGAGACGCUCUCUGAAGGGCACACGGACGAAGACGGACCCUCUCCUAGGGCAUCGAUACCCAAAGAGGAAGAAGGCUCAAGCUCAAAAGUCGGAAACGAAGCCACUUCAUCCCGGGACAGCCUCGCGAGCGCUGUCCGUGCAAGGGUGAUGAAGCAAAUGCAGCGACCCCUCUCACUAGCCGAUCACCCCGGCCUACCAGCGUUCAUUAGCCUCCUUCAAUCCAAGGCAUAUUCCACCGACUUGGGCACAGCCGCGUACUCCGGUAAUACCCAAACUAACUUCUCCCUCACGGAUAUCAAGAAACCAGCAACUGAAACCCAAAGCAGCAGCGAAAUUGACGGAUUCUAUGACGCAGAAGUACCACAACGCGCGGUCAGCCUCGCGGACUUCUUGUUCCGCAGGAAACCACGCACCAAUAACACGCCUGUUAAUAUCAUCGAGAAUCCCAUGAACAUCGUCUAAGGCCUCGGCCGCGGCUCCACGAUGGUCAUACUCAGCUUUUUAAUUGUUGUAAUUAGAUUUAAGAACCCUGAUAUGACACUCACCGGAUUUGACGACACCCAAAAUUUGACACAAUAUAUCAUCGGAUUUGACGAACUGACUGGACUUGACAAAACAUCUCGGAUUUGACGAACCACGGAUUGGACAAAAUAUCUCGGAUUUGACAAAUACAGGACGUGACAACUUACCAAGACUGAAUGACAAUGAACUUGUUGUCGAACAACAUAAGCAUUGUCAAUUCAUUCUAUUGAACGAAUUUAUUGAUAUUAGUAUGCGUGAAUUGGAUUAUGCAUUGCCAAGGUUGUGAUACUUGAUUCGUAUUCCACGCGGGAUGAUACGCUUAAUAGGAAAAUAUGAGACCACGGGUACUGUCAAUUGUAUAAGGAUUUACAUAAUGUUGAGGAAACAGCGUGCUAUAAGAUGUAUUUAGGUGAUAAGGCUAUUGUAGAAUGUAGGAUGAUAUUAACGUGAUGGGGACGCAUUAAGUCGGACGGUUAGUUUGGAAUCGAAUUUCUUUUAGUUAUACAUAUUUAGAAAAAUUACUAAACUGAUUUUUAAGGUCUGCACUUGACGUUUUUUAUGUAAAUGCAACAAAAAAUACUGAAAUUAACUGAUGCGAAAACAAAUCGUAUUGUAUUCUCUAUAAUAAAAUAAUAAUCUUUAUUUCUUUUACCUUGUUCAUUUUUUAUUUCAAUAGACCAAAACUUAAAUCUGUAAAAUCCCAAAUAAGGUCGUCCUAUCUCUUAGACUUCCCAGUUCUUAUCUUUAUUCUCUCCAUAAAUCCUCUCCUUUUUUUUUUAAUAAACUGUUCCUUUUUUACCUUUCUUGGGUCACUAUUUAUUAUAUUUUCAGAUACAUUUCAUCCAAUAAAUAGAUGAGAGGUCGACCUUAGUUGGGAUCUACAUUAUUGUUAUUUUUUAAUGAUACCUUGAGAGCAGAGCUUAUAUAAAAUUACGAAUUGUCUUUGUAACUUAUUAAUAGUGCAGACAAAUAUUAAAUCUUUACACACACGUAUUUUUUGUUGCGUGAUGCAUGUAGAAAUUCGAUGAAUAGCGCGUUAAAGAAUUGUCAGUAUGAAACGGAUUCUUAAAAGUGAUGGGCAAUGGUAAAAUCAAAUAUCAAAGUCAACCAAAGGAACAAUCUCAACCUAACAUAAGAAUUGAUUUGAAAAUAACUAUUUUAAUGUUAUUAUUCUCUAUGUGUAAAUUAUAUAUUUUAUUCUUCUUAGAUUAAAUGUAGGGAAUGUUUGUUAUGUAACUUUAUGUGCAUGAGUAUCUUAGCGAGAUUUCUUUUUAUUUAUAAAAUUUCCAGUUAAAAUAAAUUUUUAUAAUUAUUUCGACUAAUAAUUUCAAUACUCUUCAUUCAUUUUGUCGUCGUUUUCGGUGUUUUAUGACAUUAUUUUUAUUUUUUAUUUGUUAAAUUAUGUUUAAAUAUUAUUUCCUUCACAUGUUACCAUAGAUAAAGAUAAUAUUUAAUAAAGAUUCCAUAAAUGUGUUAUCACUUAAGCGAUCACGUUUGUCUCGUUACUUUAUCUUAAUUUUGUGUAUCUAAAAUUUAUUUUUUCAAUAAUUCCAAAUUUCAAUGUUUCAAAUUUUUUUUUUUUAUAUAAGUCGUUGAUAGAACUUUCUCUUUCUUUUCUUAUUUUACUCACCGGCUGUUAUUUUUAUACGAGACAAGUAUGAUUAUGCAAAUCUAUCAUUCCAUUCAAUAGUAUAGUAAUUAAAAUAGUGAACCUAAUAUUAUAUUCCAAAUUCUCGAUGUCUUUAGCUCCAUAAUGAAUGUCAUAAAAAAUAUCUGUACGUGAAUAAAGAAAAAAAGCCAAAAAAAAUUACAAAAUACCAAAGAACAAAAAAAUGUACUUAUUCGUAAUAAUUUUGUAAAAAUUUAUUUUGUGGAAUUUCUAAUAUGUAUAAUUUUUUAUUAUUCCGUUAAAAUUAUUUAUUUUCGUUACUAAUUUCUUAAGUAUCUUUUGCAUUACGUUCUUUUUUUAUAUAUGGAACAUAUUUUAUCUUUAUAAACAUGGCAUUGACGGUAUCGGAUCGUAUUACUACAAAAAGCCCGCAUAGAAUCUGACGUAAGACCCGCCCGCAUAGAAGUAAGUGGAUCCCCACAGGGUGAGCAGCCUUGCAAAAUCAAAUAAUCAGAUAAAAUAUGAUGAUUUCAUUUGAUUUGAAGCUAUUGUUGUGCGUAGCAGUUCGGUCAUUGUUGACAUCGUUCGGUAAUAAAUGACGUCACAAGCGCUUUCUGUCACACGCUCAGCCAUGUGAACUGCUUCGUGCAGUUAUAGCUUCGGCUGCUCGCUCUGCGGGGCCUAAUCACAAGGAGACAUGUAUUGCGAAAGAAGAAAAGUUCUUACGCAUACAUGUCUUGUGAAAACCAUCUGUUACACCUCGACACCACCUCGUGUUCGAUUACUGUCGUUUUAUAUCGUGACGUGAUACGACACGACAACCGUCUUUUUGUAUAAUCUAUUUUAACGUAGUUAGUAUGUAUUUUAACGGAACAUGUCAUGCUAAAUGUUCCCUUAAAAUCGUAUACGUUUAAAUUAUUGUCUAUUUGAUACAGUCGAUUAUAAAUUUUAGUAAGUAGGUACGUAGUUAAUGUGUAAGGUAAGAUUAAUUGUUCUAUUUUCAUGUGAUCCAUAUAUAAUAUUAUUAUGCCUUCUAAAUCUAUUUUUGACCCCAGUAUUUUUCGAUGUUUUAUACAAGUUUGCUUAAUAUGUAUGAAUCGUGCCAAUGAAUUUCCAAAUUAACAGUAUUAAUAAGUAGUUAUUUCAAUUUUGGAUAUUUAUUAUUUUACAAUGUUAUGUAGAAUUUGUUAUAUAAUUUAAAUAACCUCCAAGGUGUUUUUACUGUUUGUGGCCAAAUCUGAAGAUGCAUAGACACAAGGGAGGUUACCUGUACGUCAUAGAGCAGUACUUAUUUCAGUGGGAAGUGACGGCACUAGUAAAGGAAAAAUGAGUAUGCUCUAAGAGGUAUUUGGUUACCGCCAAAGCAUGGUAACACUCAACAACUUUUAUAUAUUAAUCCUGAAUUGGACACGCGAGAAAAAUAAUGCUUCAAACCAGAAGAUAACACUCAUUAUACCUAACCUAAAAAGAAAAGUUUCUCAAAAGAAUUGGUUCUAAGUUUGCUGAAUAUAAUUGUCUCUAUACAUCUUCGAAUUAUGGCAAUAAUUAAGAGAUAAAAAUUCAAUUCAAAAUUAUAAUGUUAUUUAGGUAUGUUAUACAGCAUUAAGGUAUUACGUUUGUAGUUAGUUUAAAACAGAUGCAUCUGGUAUUUGAAGUAUAAAUUAUGUGUUUGAUGUUUAGAUUAAUUACCAAUAAUUAUUAUUACUGAGCAUAAGUCGUAUGUAUAGUGCUGUGGAUGUGGUCGAGUGUGAGUUUAUAAAUAUUAUUAACAAAAUACCUAUGUAAGUAAGGAAAAAUAAUUCUCAUCAAAAAAAAAUUCUUGAACAGUGAGAAAGAUCCCGAGAAAAAGUUACGUAUUUCAUAUUUUUUUAUGAAAUGCGUCACAAACCCAUUCAUAUGCCUACAUCUUAAAAAAUCUGUUAUUAUAUCAUGAGAUUUUUUUAAAUAAUAUAUCAUCAUCAUCAUCAUCAGCCCAUAUACGUUCCCACUGCUGGGACACGGGCCUCCUAUGAGGGUACAGGCCAUUAUC